UCAAAACUUUCAGUGAGUAAUAACAUUAAAAAAAAUUGGUGACUAAGACUGGCUUUUGAUUUGAGACAUACUUAAGUUCAAUAAUUAAAUUAUUAAAAAAUAAGGAAAUUUUAAAAUGUUUUCGAGUGGUCCUAAUUAUACAAAAUUAAAAACUCAUUUAAGAUUGGCGGUCAACAGGCUAAAGCUCCUUGAAAAAAAAAAGGCUGAAUUAACUCAAAAAGCACGUAAGGAAAUCGCAGAUUCCAUUGCUUCAAAUAAGGUUGAAAGAGCUAAAAUUAGAGUUGAACAUAUUAUUCGAGAAGAUUAUCUAAUUGAGGCAAUGGAAAUCGUUGAAAUGUACUGUGAUUUGUUGCUAGCCCGUUUUGGACUUAUAACUCAAAUGAAGGAGUUGGAUGAUGGAAUUGCAGAAGCAGUAUCAAGUUUAGUAUGGGUUUGUCCGCGUUUGCAAUCUGAUGUGUCAGAAUUAAAAGUUAUAUCUGAUAUUUUCAUUAAUAAGUAUGGGAAAGACUUCGCAGAACAUUCUCGUACUGCCACUGGAAAUCAUAGGGUUUCAGAAAAAUUGAUGUCAAAACUUGCUAUACAAGCUCCCCCGAAGUUAUUGGUCGAAAAGUAUCUUAUAGAAAUUGCUAAUAAUUAUUCUGUGGAAUAUGAACCCGAUCCAGAAGUUAUGAAAGAAGAUCUAAGACCAAUUGGGUUGGAUAAUUUCUUAAUUGAUUUAUCUGAUAAAAAUAAUUUGGGAGGCGGACCACAGCCUCCACAAAUGGGCUUUAUUGGGUAUCCUCAACCGCCACAAUUGCCGAAUCUACCUGAGCCACCAAAUAUGAAACCUUUUAAUUAUCCUGGAUUUGGGAACGGAGGUGGUGGUGGUAAUGGAAAUACAGUUCCAAAUGCGCCGUUUGCUUACAAUAUACCACCUAACGUCACAGUUCCAGAAAACCCUCAGGAGAAUGUACCAGAAAAAAAGGAUUUGAAUAUUAAUACAAAAUUUAUAAAUGAAGAAACAAAUAAAAUAUCUAAUUGUGGAUCAGGAAGUCCAGAUGAUAAUCAGAAUGUUAAUUUUUCUAAUGCUGAUCCUCCACGAUAUUCUUUAGUUGUAAUUAAUGAUAAUUUACAGUCGUCAGAACAAAACAAACCGAAACCGCAACCACGUACUAAAUUUACAACAGAUGAUUCACCAAGUAUUUAUCCAACAGCACCUUCUAUUUCACCAAGUUCGAGUAUUCUAAAUUUACCAAAUGUGCCCUUAGGCUUACCAGAAGCUCCAUCAGUAAAGGAUGACGAUGAAAUAGAUUUUGAUGACUUGACAAGGCGUUUCGAAGAAUUAAAGAAGAAAAAAUAAAAGUUGCAAAUUUACAUUCUUCUUUUUUUUUUAUUUUAGUCAAUAAAAUAUGGUUAUAUUGAAAUAUAUGCAUGUACAUAAGUAUGUAUUAAAAAGUAUUUUCCUCUAUUAAAAUUUUUGAAUUUGAAAAGAUUUGUACCUAGUGCAUAUACCUUAUAUGUAAACAAUAAUUUAUGUUAUUUGAAUUAAAAUAUAUUAUGCAUAACAAA